CUAGUACAUAUGUUGCUUUCGUGAAGUAUAAAUCCUUUUACGCCGAUUUCAUCGACUGUCGUUGAACAUGCGCCGAUGAAGAACUACAGGGCCUGGUUUAGGGGUUUUCUUCCUUCUGCGUAGAUUAUCUCACACCUUAUCAUUACUGUUGUUAUGGAGCUAAUGAAGACAUAUGAAUCGGACUUAUGUUCGAUGAGCUUUCCUUUGUCAAUUUCCGUUCUUUCUACCAUUUGAUUGCCCAUCCAUCACAUAUAUUCUUAUUGGCAUAACAGUAGAGUUUGGUUGGAUAAUCAAGUAUGGCCAAGCACCAUCCUGAUUUGAUUAUGUGCAGGAAGCAACCGGGAAUAGCCAUUGGACGUCUUUGUGAGAAAUGUGAUGGCAAGUGUGUGAUUUGUGAUUCUUAUGUGCGUCCUUGCACGCUUGUCCGGGUUUGCGAUGAAUGCAACUAUGGAUCUUUCCAGGGCAGAUGUGUCAUUUGUGGGGGGCUUGGGAUUUCUGAUGCAUACUACUGCAAGGAAUGCACACAGCAGGAGAAGGAUCGUGAUGGUUGCCCUAAAAUAGUCAAUCUUGGGAGUGCCAAGACUGAUCUUUUCUAUGAGCGUAAAAAGUAUGGUUUUAAGAAAAGAUGAGUGGUAGAGAAAUUGCCAAAGUGUGUGUUUUGUCUUUUUUCUGUGUGUCAUCAAAGUGUUACUUUUCAGUUUGGAUGAAUGUAGCCUGCUGUCUAGCACUUGUGUAACAACCCUCCCUUCGUGUCACAACACUUGCAAGUAUUUAGUGUGUGUAGUUUUUAGUGUUUGGAGGAGGCAGUAGAGAAACAAGGUUUGGGUGAAUCUAUGUCAAAAAAGUCAAUGAAAUAUGUACUGUGACCCCCCGCCAGAAAAAAAACUAAAUCAUUGACUUUUAAAAGACGUUCAAUUCAACGAUUUAGGAUGUUUUUACUUGUAUUAUAAUCUGUCCCAGACCGAAAUAGACCAGAUCAAAUUAUAAUCCCG